AUGCAUCGACGUCCUCUAACGUUAAAUGAAAUCAUCUCAGAGCUGGAAGAGGAAGUACCUAAUUCAAUAACAAUUUUGCCAUCAGAAAAUUGUAACGCUGAUGUUACCAACGAGGAUUCUCAUGAUGAAAAUCAGUCACGGUAUCUACACGGCAGUCCGUGCCAACGCCAGUCGCCGCACACGCCCCACGAAGCAGUGACAUGCGUCAAACCCGAACGAUGCACCAGAGACACAGAAGCGCUAAGAGUAUGUCAUGGGGUCCGCAUAGUCCCUACGACAACAUCAACAACGCCUUUACCACCACUCUCGUUACCGCGGGAAGUGACCGCACCCGCGGCCCCAGAGGAGCCUGCGUUACCGCCAGUAUGCGAGGACGCGCUCAGUUCCACCACUCCUCUGGCUCGACUAAGGGCUGCGAUGAGAAACCCCGUCUACACGCACAUGAAGGCUCUAAACGCCUUCAUUAUCUUCUACACUGAUGAACAUUUGUAUGUGAGCGGUUGGGACGGCGUUGGCGUGGCGGCCGUAAUGGCAGAUGUCGGAGCGGCGGUCUGGGUACCCGGCGCGGACGUGAAACGAGCGGUCGCCUCUUUGUCCUGCGCCUGGCAGGUGUUCAACGCCGACGACCCCAACCAGCCGUCUAUAUUCGAGUGGCUCACGGAGAGGUUGAAACGUGGUGACAGAAUAGGGGCGGAUUCCCGGCUGACUUCAUAUGCGGAGUGGACGUCGCUGGCCGACGCCCUACAGCAGCGGGGCGUGAACCUGACCGACGUGUCCACGCUGCUAGAUAAACUAUGGGCAGAGGAACUCGACCCGGCGAGACGCAGACCCGAGUUCUCCGAGAUCGUAGCCAAAUUGCAUCACAUGGAGUAUGUGGGAAUGAGUUGGCGCGAGAAAGUGUCCGCCGUGCGACGCGAGCUCAACGAGGCAGAAGUGGAUGCUAUGGUGGUCACAGCGCUGGAUGAAGUCGCGUGGCUGCUCAACGUGCGCGGUCGCGACUUGCCCUACGCGCCGCUGCUGAAAGCCUUCGUGAUCGUCAGCAAGCGGGACUUACGCGUGUACGCACCCCCUGGCAAACUCUCCAUGCCUGUCAGGGAGGCGCUGGCUGUCUACAACUGCUACUCGACCAACUGCACCAGGGUAAAUGACUACGCCAACAUCUACGCAGACCUCCGAAGAGCAACAGAGGGGAGAAUCCUCAUUCCUACUUCUGGAACCUUCCAACGAGGGGCUUCGGCGGCCAUAGCACAAAGCGUUCCGUUAAACAAGCAAGUGUUUCUAACCUCACCAAUCAUCUACCUCAAAGCCCAGAAGAACGAAGCCGAGGUUAAAGGCAUAAAGAAAGCACAUUUGAGGGACGCGGUCGCUAUGUGUACUCUUCUCUGCUACUUGCAAGAUCAGAAAAUAGCGCAUAUGAGCGAAAUAUCAAUCGCUAAGAUGGUGGAACUGACGCGUGAGACGCAGGCUGGGUUCGUGGGCGCUUCUAUGCGCACGCGCGUCGCUUUCGGCCCCAGCGGCUCCGAGCCAGAAUACUUCGCCACGCCAGGCACUAACCGACGCAUAUUCACAAAUUCCACGCUCAUCAUCCGCUCAGGGGGGCAGUAUGACGAGGGAACGACUGUGGUGACACGCACCUUGCACUACGGCGUGCCGGCUCGUGAGAUGAAACACGCGUACACGACGGUGCUGCGUUCCGUGGCAGCGCUAGCGUCGCUGCAGGCGCCCGCGUCACUACCAGCUGCUCACGCUGACCCCAUCGCACGCGCUCCACUGUGGCUUGCCAAACAAGACUAUGUGCAUCCCACAGGACACGGCGUAGGAGCUGCACUCAACAGGAGAGAAGAUCCAGUGGUGAUCGACUACAGGCAAGAUGUUAAUCUGCAUACUCUCAAAGAAGGUUAUUUUAUAACUAGCGAGCCAGCGUGGUACGACACUAAAUUCGGUGUUAGUUUGGGAAACGUACUAGAAGUGAUCCCCAAGGGCUCCAUGUACAUCGGCUUCCGAGAAGCCACGCUGAUACCGUACGAGCCGAAACUAAUAGAUAAGAAUAUGCUCACCGAUUAUGAGAUAAGUUGGCUGAACGCUUACAACGAAAGGAUAAGGACGACUGUUGGGCCAGAACUGAAGGCCCGAGGUCUCACCGACGUCUUCUACUGGAUGCAGAACAAGACCAUCCACAUCGAACCUCCUUCCAAAGUCAAGAGAGUAGUCAACUCAGCGGUAAAAAGAACGGUGGAACUAUCAACUUUAUUAAUUUCUAUCACUUUGGUUACAUGUAUUUAAUACAUUUCAUUAUCGAAGGUAAUUAAGUUCAUGUUAUUGUGAUCCCUUUCAUACAUUAUGUUUACCUAUUGAAAAAAAAAACGGGAAUACAAAACACCUUUGUGAUCAAAUUAAACUUUUCAUGAGUGAAAAAAUUGUAUUGGUGUGUUUUAAAAAAGUAAAGAAUAAUUUACUGCGGCCUGUAAGGCUCGCAUGUAGUGUGUUCGGAAAUAAAAGAUUGGCUUAGUACCAAAUGAUAUUUAUAUUGUGUUCAAAUACAGUUCUGUGACCGUCGCGUCUCAAGGGGGGAAAUAAAGGGGGUCACUGGCCUGGGAACAUUCGUGUCCAGAUUAGUCGAAGGUACAGCCGACGAAUGUCCGUUAAAGUGGUGCAGCUGUUUCCCGGUUGAAAAUCCUCCGGCAGCCUCUGGGAACAGGGCUCGGUCUUCGCUUGUGGUACGGUAGGCUUACGACCUAGAACCCAAAGGGCAGCACCUUAAUAAAUUGCUCCUGGACUCUCCCAAGACGACGACGAAGACGGUCCCAAACGGCCAACGGUUCAAAAUUAAAAAAAUAGGAGUAGGACAGACUGGCGUUACAAAGUUUACGUUAAGAUUUUUAGAGAGAAGAGAACAUCAUUACAAUACUGUUAUUAAUCCUAGACAGUAUUUAAACUCACCCCAGCGGGAACUAUAAACAAACUCCCGUUUUCAACGCGCUUACGCGUUUAGGUACGCGCGCGCGGUUGCGACGACUACUUAUUUGAAUUCCUCACUUUUUUUUAGUAAUGUUUUUAAUAAGUUAUAGUAUUAAGAUUUCGCCUCUGACGCAGUUUUUUGUAAACAUUGAAAAAUGUUUAGUAUAUUAUAUUAUUUACUUAUUAUACGACCUUUAUUCACGUACAACGUUACAUUACGUACCUAUUUAUUUGAAUUAAAUAUAGUUAUAGGCAAGUUUAAACAGAAAAGUUAAAACCAUAGAUACCUAAUAUACAUAUUGUUGGUUAAAUGUUACCUAAGCACCAUUUAAAUUGGUAUUUUUAAUAUUAUAAUUAACUGUAAGAAGGAUAAUAUAAAUAGUUUUAAGUAGAACUAAAAUAUGAAGUACUGGGGGGCUUUGAUUUAUUUUCUAUUAUAACGAGUGUGGAAAUAUAAAAAAAAUGAGAAAAAGUUGUUAAAUUUAUAUUAUUUAAUUACUAAAUGUAGCCCAAGAUUAGGGCUGCCAUCCGUCCGGGUUUCCCCGGAUUUGUCCUAGUUUACGGGGCGUCCGGGGAGCGUCCGGGUGGGGUUUUAUUUGUAGUCCGGGUUUAAAAAUUUACGGCAACGCAUAAGUGGCCCUUGGCGCUGCAAGUGUCCAUGGGCAGCAGUAGUGACCACUUAUUAUGAGGUAGCCGCUAGCUCUUUUGCCUAGAUCAACAUAAAAAAGUUGAUGUGUGACAUUUUUAACUGUUUUUUUAUUGGUCUGUCCGGGUUCUGGGCUCCAAAAUCCGGGGUUAUCACGCAUCGUAUCCUGGUUGCCACAUUUUAGAGAUGGCAGCCCUACCCAAGAUCGAUCUGAGUGGCGUGCAUUUUUAGAGGCCUAUGUCCAGCAGUGGACUAACAUGGGCUGUUGAUGAUGAUGAUGAUGAUGAUGACUAAAUCUAGGUGUGUGUAAACAAUUAAAAUUAAUCGGUAUCUACUUAAUUACACAUGGUACCUACGCCACAUUUGUACCUGCAACUGUACCAUUACAAAUUAGGUAAAAAAGUCUUGUUUAUAAAGACAUGGUUAUUUUAAAUAAUAAUGUGUCGUAAAUUUAAGGCUUCCUGUAUUUUCCUAGACCUUUUCUUAUACAUAUACUUACCUACAAUGCUUUUUUUUAAACUCUUUCACCUACAUGAAUUCACAAUACAAAUAUAUGCUUAUAAUGAAACACGCAUUUGUACUUAUAUUUCAUUAAGAGCAAUAUAUAUAUUUUAUAAAAUAAUAGUAUUAUAAAAGAGACUACGACGAUCCGUGAUGGUGCCUUCUGUAUGUUAUGCUAUACACACUCAAUUUGCAUAUACUUGCAAUCAUAAAAUAAUUAUACUAAUAUGCUGUUAGCACUUAGGAAUGCUUAUUUUAUUCUAAAUGGCCAAACACACCACUACACGUCGGCACAUUUUUUUAUAUAGUCAGGUAGGUAAAUGACUCUACCCCAACUGAUGUAAAGUGCUAAUAAAGUCAUAACGCGAAGAUAGCUGGUACAGC